ACGCAUUCGCAACGAGGCUUGAGAGUACUGAGCUGGAAGAUCAUCUCAUUAAAUCAACGUGAUGCUUGAGAUCAAUUGUGCUGGAACGCCGUAUGAGGUCGGAUUUGAACAUGGAACGAAUGCUGCCUCACAGAUCCACAGCACGAUUCAUUUUUAUACAGAUCUCUUUCACAAGAAAUGCAAUCUGAGCUGGGAAGAGGCGUGCAAAAAGGCACAAGAAUAUGCCCCUCAUAUUCAUGAACACUAUCCGGCCCUCGAGGCUGAGAUGCGAGCUAUCGCUCAAGGUGCAGGAGUGGCAUACGACAACAUUUUGGCUCUGAAUGUUCGAUCUGAACUCGUGUUCGGGGCCUCAAUGGAUGGCUGCACGAGUAUAUCGUGGAAGACAGAUGACAACUGCUACCUCGGUCAGAAUUGGGACUGGAUGGUCGAGCAAAAGCCGAAUGUUGUACUCCUACAGAUAGAUCAACCAGGCAAGCCUGUUAUUCAAAUGAUGACCGAGGCUGGUAUGAUUGGAAAGAUUGGUCUGAACUCUGCCGGGCUCGGACUCUGUGUGAACGCAAUUCGAUGCGCAGGAAGCGAUGUUAGUAAGACUCCCAUUCAUCUACUGUGGCGGACGGUCCUCGAAUGCACUUCGGUCUCUUCAGCAGUGCAAGCGAUAGAAGCAUACGGAAGUGCCGGUGCCUGCAACAUGUUCAUAGCGGACGGAUCGAAUAACAUCGGGGUUGAGGUGACACACAGAACGACACAAUUCCUCAAGCCUGAUGCGAAGGGCCGGAUAUUCCACAGCAACCAUAUGCUUCAGCAGCAUCCUGGCACAGAUCUUCUCUGGCUUGGAGAUACGAUAGACCGUGUCAAGCGCAUCGAAGAGCUUGCGAAUGAACUUGACGGCGAGGUCACAGUGGAUGCGAUACACAAAAUGCUCUGUGACGAGGACAAUCAUCCAUGCUCGAUCAACCGAGAACAGGUUGGGGAGAGUGAUGCAGCAAGUGUUUUCAGCAUCACUAUAGAUUUGUCCAAAGCCGAGGCUAUAGUUUCAUUUGGAAGACCGAGCAAGCCUGAUCGAGUAUUUCGGCUACGUCCGCGUGACAUCAGGCACUGA